AAAAAUGACAUAAAUAAAUUCAUCAAUCAUCCUCCUCCUCCUCCUCCAAAAAUACUCUCUGGGAAAUUCGUGCUCGCGAGACGGCUUUCGCUUCGUCCUCCACCGAGCUCGGGACGGUGUGACAGGGAUUUUGUUGGUUGAGCAUAGAAGAACCUUACCAAGGGCGAGUUCUUGCUGGAGUCUUGUAGGUUAAAUCAUCGCGAGCACUGAACUGAAUAGUCUCUUUUGUAAUGGCUCAUGAUGAUUUGGGUGUUGAUGGAUUGAAUUUAAGUGACUCGUGCAACUCGGCCCCAAUCUCCGAGGAUACUCAACAAGGUGUUUCCGAGAAUGAUGGUGGUAUUCAGAUCACGUGCUUCAGUGAAGUUGUCAACGAUUCGACUCUUCAUUUUCAAAUAAUCCGCCUCCAAAAGCAGAUCUAUGCUUGGAUAGGUUGUAACUCUUCAAAGCUUGGACGUCUCUAUGCAGCUUCAUCUACACGACCUGCCAACCUUGUUAGCGUGACUUCUAUACUCGGUGGAGCUUCCGAUAAUACAGGAUCUGGCAUUGCUAGAAGAUUAGUCAUAAAGACGGGUCUCAACAUCAUCCUCGCUUGCAAUAUCCCGAAGAAUAACCCCAUGCUUGAGGCAGAUGCUGAGAGACUAUUAAUACAGAAGCUGGUCAGCCUGGGGUACAGAAGGCCUAAACCUGACGGGUCGUCUGUUUGAUGAUGGAUUUACUUACUGUUGCUCGUUCAAUUUCAUUGGGGAUCGCUCUGUAAGCGAGUCUUUUUUGUUUCCCCUUUUCUCUCGUGUCUGGUUCUCCGGGGAAGUGCAUAUUCUAGCUUUUGUGGCUUAGUUAUGGAUGCGACUUAAAUUUCAAAUUCUUCCUCAUGAUUGGAGCGACAGAACAAACUGUAUUUACAUUUAUAUGUUUCCAAGGUUUUCCCUGCAUUGUCGGCCUCAAAAGAGAGAACACUCACCAUACGAGCUUUCUUAA